CGCAGAUCAGAGCUCCUGCAGCCGUUCUCCAGGAUGUGCGACAUUUGCAUAAUCCAGCCUUUUGCAUGACGGAGGAGCAAGACGACCUAAUGCGGGUCGGGCAUACACACAGAAUAAUGCACCAAUAUAUCUGCAGAUAUAUUGGUCAUCGUUGUGUUGCAGGGUCGACAUGAUAUGUCUGUGGACGACAGUGUUCAGAUAUAUCAUUUGUACACACCCGCUGAUCAGUAGACGAUAUAUCGGCCACUCAGUGGAACGGGCGAUCAUCCAGUGUGUAUUCAGCAUGGGCCUCAGAGACCAUGCAUGACUGGCCCACUUCACUCUUUUCACUGCUUCAUGAAUAGACCCCAUUUAAUUGACACUCAUGAAUUACACAGGUUCUUGAGCUACUUAAAACCAGGUGAAUGCAAAGCUUAAUGUCAGCAAGCCACAGAACUUGUGUAAUUCAUGACUGAUCCAGUUUCAAGGGUUAGUAUGGUAAACCUAGACAAGGUAUUUCUUAUUUACUAGGCCCACAAAUAAUAGCCUCUAGAAAAGAUGCAGGAUAAUACUAUCACACUGUGUAGACACGGAUAAUACAUGUCUGAGCAAUAGUCUCGGGAUUCCCUGCUACUGCUGCGUGACCUCACAGCCGCCAUUUUACCACCCACAAGUUACAACAAACUAGAGAAGAGACGGAGACUGGAGACGGUCUCCUCCGCAUCGUGUGACGCCCUCACCCUGCGUCAUGCCAGCCUAUCAUGACGCCAGCGUCUGCCGACGUGUUUCAGUUUCGUUUCUCAGCUGUCAGAGAUAACGGAGGCUCCAGGCUCGGCCUCCAGACCGUCACCCGGCACCGUGCUCCCCUGUCUGGUGCUGCCCGGGCCCUGGCUCCGCGGCCCCGCUACUACCAUGCCCCGGGACAUAGAGGAGAAGUGGAGCUCAGAGUACGACUCCACCUGGGAUGAUGAUGAUGAGGAGGAGGACAGGGAGGCAGCCCGGGAGCAGAGAGGACGACAGCAGUAUCCUUCUCGAAAGUGGUAUAAAAGAGCAGCCUGGGACCUGCAGAACUACAGACAUGGUUACAGAGAAGACACAAAUUCUAGUUCUUAUUUGGGAGAGGCUUCCAACUUCCAACCGAAACAGCCCAACCUGGACUUCUACCAGAAGAAGAGGCCUUUUGAGCCGGAGGGACUGCACAUAGAUGUUCUCCUAAAGGAUUGGAAGGACAAUUUCAACAUUCUCGAAAGAAACCAUUACUACAUCCAGUGGCUGUUUCCACUGCGGGAACGUGGAAUGAACUCUUGUGCCAAGCCACUGACGCUGUAUGAGAUUAAGAUAAUGAAGGAAGAUAAGGAAAUCAGGGAAAGGUUCAUUGCGGCAUACAAACUUAUGUUGGGCUUUUACGGUAUCAAACUCAUGGAUGAGGUGACUGGAAAAGUAGAUCGAGCAGAAAAUUGGGAAGACAGGUUUAAGAACCUGAACAAUCGCAGCCACAACAACCUGAGGAUCACACGAAUACUAAAAUGUUUGGGGGAGCUUGGUUAUGAAGACUUUCAGGCCCCGCUUGUCAGGUUUUUCUUAGAGGAGACCCUGUGUAAUGGCCAAUUACAGAAUGUAAAAAGAAGCGUAUUAGACUAUUUCAUGUUCACUGUGAGAAACAAGAGUGCGCGCAAGGACCUGGUGCAUUUCGCCUGGCUAAAGUACAAACCGCAAGACAAGUUUAUCUGGGGCCCUGUGGAAAAACUGAAAAUUCACAAACCCCAGGAAGAGAGUGAGAGAAAAGAGAAUGAAACUGAAGGAAAUCAGGAUGAAAAGGGGAAUAAUGGAAAACAUAAGAAUUGUGGUGUUGGUAGUUUUGAGAGACAGGUUGAAAGAGAACCAGGUAAAGCCCAGGAGUCUAUUGUAGUCUCCAAUAGAGGAAUCACAGCAGAUCAGAAUAAAUCUAAGGCACAAAAAAGUGGUAGAAAGGAGUUAAUACCCAUGAAUGAGAGAGAAGACAAGCAGAACAAGGUAACACAUGAGUUGCAUAAUAAUUUAGAAGACAGGAUGUCAAAGAGUAACUCAGAAGCCAGUCCUACCAAAGUAGAAUUAAUCUCCAACAAUGUAUGCAUCAAUAUGUGUACAAGACAACAGCAUGUACGAGAUGAGGAUGGAACAGUAAAUGGAGAGACAAAAAACGACCAAGAACAGGGUAGUAAAGAAUCGCAGCGGAAAAGAAAGAUUUCAAGCACAGGUUCCAUGGAUCCUCCCUCUGACAGCUCUGUGGCAGUAGAUAAGGGAAGUCAAGUGGACGGAGUAGAAGAUAAAGUGAAGAUACUUAAAUUGGUUGACCAGUCAAACACAGCAAUUUGCAAUAACAUGGUGGAUGAUAUGUGUGAAGCCAUUUAGGGAGAGAUGGUUGAUUAUUCAAGAUUACAGAAUAAAGAAAUUUAAGAUGCAGGAAUGAUCUGAUGAUUGUGACACACACAGGAAGUCAUGAGAUAGAAUCUCAAUAACCACCUGUGUUCUUGGUUAGAAUGAGUUUCAUCCAUGGCUGUGAAGCAGAGGUGGGUAAGUCUCUGCUAAAGUACAGCUGACAUUACCCCACACAUGUAGACUAGGGAUUGUCCCAGAUAGUGGAAGAUACCAUGGUUCAGGUGUUGAGUAAUCCAUGAUCCUGUCAUUUUCUAUGAAAUUGGUAGAAGCACUGUCCAAAAAUCUAGCUGACAGUUCUGCGGCCUUAAUUCCACAUCCAGCAGGGCACCGUAAAUGGAUUUUUUUUUAAUUACAAUUGAUGUUUCUCAAUGGAGGACAGAGUAGCUUUUAUUAAGCGCAUUCCUGAAUUUAGUGACUGAAAAAAGAGUUUGUGAUUAUUCCUCCUAUAUUGGUGCUAGUAGAUGAAUCUGUAGCCUUAUUUCUUUUCUGUAAACAAAAUUAAAUUGUGGGGACAGUUCAGUUAUCUAACCAUAGAUAGUGUCCUUGUUUACUUAGGAAAUAAACGUACCCAAAAUAAAUCUUCAUUGAUGUUUUGUUGGGGGAAGCUUGACCUGCUGGAAAAUGCAUGGUUUACUCCAGUGUAAACAGAUGACGGCAGCUAUGCUUCUUAUGAUAUCUCUUGACUACACUUGCUGGGUUUUCAAUUUAAAGUAACAGUUUUACAUGUCCGCUGUUCUGUACAUUUUAACCUUGGGCAGCAUUUGUUAAUUUGACAAUGUCAGUGAUCUGAAAGAAAUGACUAAAAUGAAAAAAGGAAAGAAGUUGAUUGUACAGUAUAUUGACAACUGCAGCAGAAAAUGAGUGAGGAUGUGGGCUGGCACGAAGGAUCCCUGCUAUACACAUGAAUUUUUGGGUAACUCCUUUUUUGAUGGAAACAAAUCUGCCUUGUUCGAUAAUUACAUAGAUUUGUAUCUUGUUCAAAUUCUGUUACUCUUUUGUUUGUAAAUGGAAAAAAAACAAUGAAUUCUA